UUCGGAUACAAUAAUAAGACUCGAUUUAAUCAUGGAAAUUUUCAUCAAUAUGAAAUUGAUCCCGGGGUGGCAUCCCGAAAUCAUAAACCCGACAAACGACACGAAAGGAACCCGAAAGCAAAGGGCAUUCCAAAUACAA